UUGUCUCCUCCCUCCUCUCCCCUCCUCUCGCAGCUCUCUCUCUCUCUCCUCAGUCUCGCUGCCGCUGCUCCAACAGCAACAGCUCCGCCCGCCUCUCCGUCUCUCUCGUCUCUGUCUCAGUCUACCUGUCUCCGCCUGCCUCCCCUUUCCCUCCAUCCAUCCGCUCCCCCUCCUCCCCCCUCUCGGUGCGGACAUGCUCCCGGGGCUCCGGAGAUGAGGCUCCGAAAUGUCUCCUUCCUGACGGUCUUGUUGUUCGGGCUGUGCGGGCUGGUCUCCCUGUCCUGGUACACCGCCUUCAGCAGCUCCAGAGGAGAUGUGGUCGAUAUCUACCAGAGGGAGUUCCUGGCGCUGAGAGAGCGCCUUCAUUCGGCUGAGCAGGAGAACCUGCGGCGCUCCAAAGAGCUGAACCUGGUCCUGGAGGAGAUCAAGAGGGCCAUCGCUGAGAAGCAGGCGCUCAGAGACAUCAACCGCACCUGGAGCAGCCUCUCCGAAGAGACGAGGCUGAAGCUGUGGAACGUGAGCAGCAGUAAAAACGUGCUGCAGCUUCCCUCCAUCUUCCAUCAUCUUCCUCACCUGCUGAACAGAGAGGACAGCUUGCAGCCUGCUGUGCACCUGGGACAGGGACGCACUGGAGUCUCCAUAGUGAUGGGGGUUCCUAGUGUGAAGAGGGAGGUCCACUCCUACCUGACCGACACGCUCACCUCUCUGAUGUCAGAGCUCAGCGCCACUGAGAAAGACGACUGCGUCAUCGUCGUUCUCAUUGCCGAGGCUGAUCAGCAGUACGCCAGCAGUGUAGCAGACAACCUGAAGCGCCUUUUUCCAACAGAGAUUCAGUCUGGUCUGUUGGAGGUCGUCUCCCCAUCGGUCCACUUCUACCCCGACUUCUCCCGACUCCGAGAGUCAUUCGGAGACCCGAAGGAGAGAGUCAGGUGGAGGACGAAGCAGAACCUGGACUACUGCUUCCUGAUGAUGUACGCUCAGUCUAAAGGAACCUACUAUGUCCAGUUGGAGGAUGAUAUAGUCGCUCGCCCGAACUUCUUCACCACCAUGAAGAACUUUGCGCUGCAGCAGCCGUCGGAGGACUGGAUGAUCCUGGAGUUCUCUCAGCUCGGUUUCAUCGGGAAGAUGUUUAAGUCGUUGGACCUGUCGCUCAUCGUGGAGUUCAUGCUGAUGUUCUACAAAGACAAACCCAUCGACUGGCUGCUGGACCACAUCAUGUGGGUCAAAGUGUGCAACCCCGAGAAGGACGCGAAACACUGUGACAGGCAGAAAGCCAACCUGAGGAUUCGGUUUAAGCCGUCGCUCUUCCAGCAUGUUGGCACCCACUCGUCCCUGGCUGGAAAAAUUCAGAAACUCAAGGAUAAGGACUUUGGGAAACAGACUCUCCAUAAGGGUCACGCCAACCCGCUGGCGGAGGUGACGACCAGCCUGAAGACCUACCAGCACUUCACCCUUGAGAAGGCCUACCUCGGGGAGGACUUCUUCUGGGCCUUCACCCCGGUGGCGGGGGAUUUCAUACGGAUACGAUUCUUCACGCCUGUUCGCAUUGAGAGGUAUUUCUUUCGUAGCGGAAACAUCGAACAUCCAGGAGACAAACUCUUCAACACGUCAGUGGAGGUUCUGCCGUUCGAUAACAUCCAGGCAGAGAAAGAGGCCCUGACAGAAGGAAGGGAGAAGACACCAAAGUACCAUCGCACCGAGGACGGUUUCAUCAGAAUCGGAACGUUCCAGAACGGGAUCGCAGAGGGAGAGGUGGACCCCAGCUUCGGGCCCCUGGAAGCAAUGCGUCUGUCGGUGAUGACAGACUCACCGGUCUGGGUGAUCCUCAGCGAGAUCUUCAUAAAGAAAGCUGAGUGAAGCUCCGCCCCCUCAGAGAUACCUCAGCAGCAUUCAGCCGAGCUGACAGGAGGCUCCUCGGCCACCGUCCUGCCUCUAGCCCCGCUCACCAGAUCCCCACCAUGGCGCCACAGCACCGCCGUCUGGCAGGACCUCAGUGCUGCAGGACUGAACGGAUCAGAGACUGAAACACACGGACAGGUGGGCUCACCUGUCUCCACAAAGAGGAACAAUGUAAUUACUCCUCAUCCUGUAUUUAUGUGUAUAUACAGUAAGCUCAGUGUCGAAACACUGGUAAUCACGGAGGCUGCGGCAAGAGCGGUGAGCCACCUCUGAUGAUCGAUCUGCUGCUUUGAGACUUCCUGUCUGCAGACCGGACCUUUCUGCCCCGCCCACAGUACCCGUGUAUGUGUGUCCACUUGAUGCGUGUGGUGAUGUGUGUCUGCGGCCGCUGCUGAGGCGGCAGGCAUUUCCCCUCCGUCGAUUUGCCUUAACGAAGAGCAGAGUCACUUCAAACAGGCCCCGCCUCCCAACAUGUAGCGUCCACAAAUACCCAGAAUCCUUUGCUGCAGCCUCGGACCUUCUUCAUGUUCUCGUGGCUUCAAACUACUGAUGAAGACGCCGGAGUUUCUGCUUGUAACGAAGUCUUUAAGUUACCAGAAGCCUUUAGACUGACUGCUCUGUGUCCUGAUUGCUGUAAUCUGAUUACUCUGCAGUACUCCAGCUACUGUGCUGUGCAGUACUCUGAUUACUAUGUAGUACUCUGAAUACUGUGCGUACUCUGAUUACUCUGCAGUACUCUGUGAAUCCUCUGCCGUUUUCUGAUUAUUCUGAAAUACUCUGCAGCACUCUAAAAUAUUCCACAGUGCUCUGAAGUACUCUGGGGUAUUUUUCAGUUCUCUGAGAUACUCCACAGUACUCUGGGGUACUCCAUAGUACACUGAGGUACUCCACAGUACUCUGGGGUAUUUUGUAGUACCCUGAGGUACUCUGUUGUACCUCAGAAGCACUUUCCUGAGUCUUUUCCUUCUUCCUGUUUCUUCCACGGGUUGAUUUUCAGUCUUUCUGAGCAGAUGCCGUCGUCCUCCGGCGCUCGUCUGCAGCGAGCGGCGGCGGCUUCGUCUUAGAGGCGAGAUGUUUCUGAUAAAUUGUUCCCCUGGUUUGAAUCUGUUCCCUAAACAGCUGCCUUAAAGUGAUGUAACUCAUCAGAUGUUAUCUAUAAUGUUGUUUUAACUUUUAACAUAUGUUAACAUAUAACGUUGUUUUGCCUGCUAAUUCUGCACUUCUGGGAACUUUGAACCAUUUUAUGAAGUGUGAGCAUCACUGCAAGGUUGCUGCUUUGAUGCCUGUCACACUGGUUAAACUGGGCGGUUUCCAGUACAUGUGGCAGUGAGCUGGGCUUUGCUGUCAGUGCAGUAGCUCAUAAUAAAAAAAUACAUUGAUUCUAGUUUAAAUCCAUGAUUAACGUACUAAAGUGUCCUCAGAUACACACAGUAACAGUGGGCUGAAACUACAGCAGAACAUAGCAACACAUCAAAUUGAGAAAAAUUGGAACUCAUUUUGAAUUUGAUGGCAGCAACACGUCUCUGAAGGUUAGGACAGGGCCGUGUUUCCCACUGUACUGCAUCCCCUCUGCUUUUAAGAGUCCGUAAACAUCUGGAACUGAGGAGAGCAGCUGCUGGACUUUGGGAGAGGAAUGAUGUCCCGCUCUGUCCGACAGCGGAUUCUAGCUGCUCAUACAGUACAGUACAAGUUUGCAGUUACUGAAUACAGGACAUCUGUGAUGUCUGUCAUGUGUUCACAGUAAUCCAGGUGUCCAUUCACGGAAACAGGCUAAGUGAGGUAAAGGAGGUACAUUAACCAGGGGAACAGUUUAUCAACACUUUCUUCCAUUAAGAUGCGACUCUUUUUUUCUCCAAACUGUCGCUAGUUCAGAUUUUCAGAUGUGAAAAUUAAUGAGGCUAAAUUAACUCUAGCUUCAGGAAAUAGCCCAAGAUUUUAUUCUUUUUUAUUUUCUUUGAAAGAUGCACUGGAAUGCAUUGCUAUCAUCUUGUAUGUGUCUUUUGUAUCCUUUAGAUAAACUCUAUUUAAAUGAGCUUAAACUUCUAUCCAAUCUGUGAAUUGUA